AUGCAUAGAUAAUUAGCAGCUUCCAAAAGAUAAUCAAUCUCUCAUCCUAUUAAGAUAGACACUACUUUCACCUAAGAAAUCAUUUCUGGUCAUACCCAGUCUCUAGUUUGUGAAUAUUUUCUGCUAUUAAUUGAAAAUUAAGAGCAAAAGCUAGUACUCAAGGAUGAUAUUCAACUGGUAGAGGGCUUUAACCCAAUCAACAUUUUUUAACGAAUAGAUCGAUCCUAAUGCGGCUUCAUCACGCAUGCAGACAUCUUGCAGUUUUUGAGAGACAAUAAUAUAGUAUCUCUUGAUAAAGAUGAUAUAAAGCUUCUUUUUAAGAAAGAUAAGACCAUUUAUCAAGUAUUUCUAAGAACUGUACUAAGCUAAGUUGAACAUGAAAGUGCCAAGUUUUUUAAUGUCAGAGCAUCUGAAAGUGAAAUUGUUGUUAGAAAGAUUGAUAAACUCCCGAAAAGGCUAGAGAGAAAGUUCUCUUAGUUUAUACUAUAGCUGGUCCAACUAGAAAAAUAGAUAGAGAUUAUGAAGCAGGUGACAGUAUAAAAGCAGAAGGAUUUCGAUUUUAUGAGAAUGUUCAAAAUUAUCAGGUUUCAUGAGCAUGACGCUAAUGUCAUUGUCCCAUAAGAUAUAAAGCGAAUGUUUGUUAUGAAUAAUUAGACUAUUGACGAAAUCAGGGUGUAGAAUGUAUUAUUUGGAUAAAUUUUAGGCAGGAAUGUUAUGUCAUUCCAGGAUUUCUGUAAUCUAUUUGUCAAGUAAGGUCAUAAGAUAGUAAUUACUGGAGCAACACAAGAUCAAUCAAACAGUUUGAAAGCCUAAGUCAGCCAUUUGGCUUAAAAGUCAAUUAUGUAGGAAUUUACAGAGAAAAAACAGAAAUCAAUAUUCUAGGUUAGUACCAAAGAUGUUAUGAAAGCAGAUGGAAACAAAACACUAAAUACCUUAAGAAGUUCUAAUAGUAUAUAGCAAUAGCUUGAAACUCAAACUGAACUGGCUAAGACCUUGACAUUUAAAACUGAUUAUAUUUCAAGCGAAAAGAUUGUGAAGAACUUUAUUACAUAUGUUUAAGAGCAGAUUAUAUUGGAUGAUUAAUUGGAGGAUUUGAGAAUAAAGCUAACAAAUGAUAGAGAUUUUUACCCUUAAUAAGUAUAUAAGACUUAUUUGAACUAAGACAGUAGUCUAAAUGAUAUAGAACCAAAUGAAUUAUUAGAAUUUGUAUAAGAUCCCUCGAUAAAUAUAGACGAAGUUAUAUAAGCUUUAGAUUUUCAUCAAAUUAGUGGAUCAAAAUUGAAUUUGGACACCUUUAGACUUUUGAUUAGACCUUCCAACAAAGAUUUCGCUCUGUUGUAUGAUAAAAGAUGCCAAGAAGAGAUAGAAAAUGAAGCAGCAAUAUUAGAUAAGACUAGAUAUAAAAGCGAUACUAAAGAAAAGUUGAUGAGUUUUUUUAGGGGAUUGGUAAUAAACACUAUGAAAAACAUUGAAAUUAGAAAAACCUAUUCCUAAUAAAGUAAGGGAAAAGGGGUAGAUAUUUUUAGAUUCAUUACCCAAAAUAUGCAUAGAGAUGCCCCACAUAGUAUGCUAGUGGAGUUCCUAAAGAACAGAGGUGUAACAUUAAAUAGAAAAGAGUCAUUGUAUCUUAGGGAGAGAUUUUGCUAGGAUCAUUACCUUUCUUCACAUAAAUUUGAACAACAGUUUAGGUAUUGA